UCCCAUGUGUUGGGUUUGGGGUCUUUGGGAUCCCAUGUGUUGGGUUUGGGGUCAUUGGGAUCCCUUCUAUUGGGUUUUGGGGUCAUUGGGAUCCCUUCUAUUGGGUUUUGGGAUGGAUAGGAUCCCAUCUGUUGGCUUUUGGGGUCAAUGGGGCCCCUUAUGUUGGAUUUGGGGUCAUUGGGAUCCUAAGUGUUGGGUUUUGGGGUCAUUGGAUCCCUUCUAUUGGGUUUUGGGAUCGGUGGGAGCCCCCCAAACCCCCCCAAUCUCCCCCCCAGCCCCCCAAUCCGCCCCACAUUUGGGGUUUUGGAGUCUCCCCUGUUGGAUUUGGGGUCAUUGGGAUCCCUUCUAUUGGGUUUUGGGAUGGAUAGGAUCCCAUCUGUUGGCUUUUGGGGUCAAUGGGGCACCUUAUGUUGGGUUUUGGGGUCAAUGGGGCACCUUAUGUUGGGUUCUGUUGGGUUUUGGGGUCAUUGGGAUCCCUUCUGUUGGGUUUUGGGGUCAUUGGGAUCCUUUCUGUUGGGUUCUGGGCUCAGUGGGGCGCCUUAUGUUGGGUUAUGGGGCCAGUGGGGCAUCACACGUUGGGUUCUGGGGUCAAUGUGGCACCUUCUGUUGGGUUUUGGGGUCAUUGGGAUCCCAACUGUUGGGUUUUGGGGUCAGUGGGGCACCUUAUGUUGGGAUUUGGGGUCAAUGGGGUCAAUGGGGCACCUUAUGUUGGGAUUUGGGGUCAUUGGGAUCCCAUAUGUUGGGUUUUGGGGUCAUUGGGAUCCCAUCUGUUGGGUUUUGGGGUCAUUGGGAUCCCUUCUGUUGGGUUUUGGGGUCAUUGGGAUCCCAUCUGUUGGGUUUUGGGGUUGGUGGGAUCCCUUCUGUUGAGCUUUGGGAUCAGUGGGAUCCCUUCUGUUGGGUUUUGGGGUCAGUGGGGCAUCACAGGUUGGGUUUUGGGGUCAUUGGGAUCCCUUAUGUUGGGUUUUGGGGUCAAUGGGAUCCCAACUGUUGGGUUUUGGGGUCAUUGCGAUCCCUUCUGUUGGGUUUUGGGGCACCUUAUGUUGGGUUCUGGGGUCAAUGGGGCAUCACAGGUUGGGUUUUGGGGUCAUUGGGGCACCACACGUUGGGUUUUGGGGUCAAUGGGGCACCUUAUGUUGGGUUUUGGGGUCAUUAUGAUCCCUUAUGUUGGGUUUUGGGGUCCAUGGGAUCCCAUCUGUUGGGUUUUGGGGUCCAUGGGAUCCCAUCUGUUGGGUUUUGGGGUCAAUGGGGCCCCUUAUGUUGGGUUUUGGGGUCAUUGGGAUCCCUUCUAUUGGGUUUUGGGAUGGAUAGGAUCCCAUCUGUUGGGUUUUGGGGUCAAUGGGGCGCCUUAUGUUGGGUUUUGGGGUCAUUAGGAUCCUUUCUGUUGGGUUUUGGGGUUGGUGGGAUCCCUUCUCUUGGGUUUUGGGGUCAUUGGGAUCCCUUCUGUUGGGUUUUGGGGUCAUUGGAUCCCUUCUAUUGGGUUUUGGGGUCGGUCGGAGCCCCAAACCCCCCCAAUCUCCACCCCAGCCCCCCAAACCACCCCAAUCUCAACCCCAACCCCUCACCUGUUGGGUUUGGGGUCAAUGGGGCACCUUCUGUUGGGUUUUGGGGUCAUUGGGAUCCCAACUGUUGGGUUUUGGGGUUGAAGGGAUCCCAUCUGUUGGGUUUUGGGGUCAAUGGGGCCCCUUAUGUUGGAUUUGGGGUCAUUGGGAUCCCUUCUAUUGGGUUUUGGGGUCAUUGGAAUCCCUUCUAUUGGGUUUUGGGAUGGAUAGGAUCCCAUCUGUUGGGUUUUGGGGUCAUUGGGGCACCUUAUGUUGGGUUUUGGGGUCAUUGGGAUCCCAUCUGUUGGGUUUUGGGGUCAUUAUGAUCCCAACUGUUGGGUUUUGGGGUCAGUCGAAGCCCCAAACCCCCCCAAUCUCCACCCCAAACCCCCCAAACCGCCCCACAUUUGGGGUUUUGGAAUCUCCCCUGUUGGAUUUGGGGUCAUUGGGAUCCCUUCUGUUGGGUUUUGGGGUCAUUGGGAUCCCUUGUGUUGGGUUUUGGGGUCAAUGGGGCACCUUCUGUUGGGUUUUGGGGUCAAUGGGAUCCCUUCAGUUGGGUUUUGGGGUCAAUGGGGCAUCAGGCGUUGGGUUUUGGGGUCAUUGGGAUCCCUUCUGUUGGGUUUUGGGGUCAAUGGGGCACCUUAUGUUGGGUUCUGUUGGUUUUUGGGGUCAUUGGGAUCCCAACUGUUGGGUUUUGGGGUCAAUGGGGCACCUUAUGUUGGGUUCUGUUGGGUUUUGGGGUCGUUGGGAUCCCUUCUGUUGGGUUUUGGGGUCAGUGGGGCACCUUAUGU